AUGUGUGACCAGCAGAAGCAGCCACAGUUCCCUCCAUCUUGUGUGAAAGGUUCGGGACUAGGGGCUGGGCAGGGUACCAAUGGUGCCUCUGUGAAAUGCCCAGUUCCAUGCCAGACCAAAACUGUCUGUGCGACGGGCCCUGCUCCAUGCCCCACUCAAACCUAUGUGAAGUACCAAGUUCCAUGCCAGACUCCAACCUAUGUGAAAUGCCCAACUCCCUGCCAAACCUACGUGAAGUGCCCAGCUCCCUGCCAGACGACCUAUGUGAAAUGCCCAACUCCCUGCCAAACCUAUGUGAAGUGCCCAGCUCCCUGCCAGACGACCUACAUCAAAAGUCCAGCUCCCUGCCAGACCCAGACAUGCUGUGUCCAGGGUGCCUCUCCUUGCCAGAGCUAUUAUGUUCAAGCUCCUGCAAGUGGCUCAACCUCCCAGUACUGUGCCCCUGACCCAUGCUCUGCUCCCUGUUCCACCAGCUACUGCUGUCUGGCUCCCCGGACCUUCGGGGUGAGUCCCCUGAGACGCUGGAUUCAGCGGCCCCAGGACUGCAACACAGGAUCGUCUGGCUGCUGUGAGAAUUCGGGAAGCUCUGGAUGCUGUGGUUCUGGGGGCUGUGGCUGCAGCUGUGGAUGUGGCAGCUCUGGGUGCUGCUGUUUGGGAAUUAUCCCCAUGAGGUCCCGAGGUCCUGCAUGCUGUGACCAUGAGGAUGACUGCUGCUGCUAAACAUACGACAGCUCAACUCUGGAAUGCACUGACCCGCUACCCCUUCUGGAACACGCACCAGCUUCUGGCCCCCUUUCUGUUACUGCCGGUGAGGUAGAACCUCAUCACUUCACCUCUGUGCUUUGCUUCUCUACCAAGGCAGCCUGCCAGAGUUAGCACAGUCCCCAAACUUUGGCAUGAAU